UCCUAAUUGGUAAUUUAGCAAGAUAUUACAUUUAUCAGUCAUACCUGAGCUUGAGUGACUUAGUUUGCGAGCAGUCUGCAAAAGCCUUCCCAUUUUGGCUUCGACUGUAGGAAGCGGAAAAGCAUUCCGGUGAUUUUAGUAAGAAGCCGGCACACCCUUUCCACUUCUAAAAAACGAAGGAACGGAGUCCAUGCCAAGACCCAGGAAGUAAAAGAGGAUUUUCUCCAAGUCACAUAAAAGUAAGAAUGACAUGAGGAUCGACGAAUACGGAACAACUCAUCUCAAUAACUGAACUACAAUUAGAAAAGCAGACAGAUUAGAAUUUCCUUGUACGCUUCUUUGUUUAUUGUUGUUUCGAGCAUUUGUAUAUUUGUUGUUGCAAAACAAUCAUUUCCGAGGACGUGUUUAAUCUAAUCGGAGAUUGUGCGAUGGAGACAAUGGUGUUUUCGAUACAACUCUCUUUAUAUAUCGGUUCCGAAUUAAGUGAGGGUUUAAACGAAACAGUUACUGUUCCAAGAUGGUAGGAUUAAGAGUGAACUGUGCAAGUAAUUGUAAUGUUCUUGUGUUUUUGGCAAUAUACGUUUCAUCAUCCUACGGAUUAAACGUGGGUUUCAUAGCAGGCGACUUGAAGCGCCUCAGCCCGCUCGUCAUCAAGAAGUUCUCCCAGAACUCGCCCGUCUUCAUCAACACCAAGCAAGACAGCCAGCACGUACGCUCAAUGAUAGACCAAGCCACAGACAAAGCUCCAGUUAAAAAACGGUCCAUUCAACCGAUCCCUCCUCUAAAGAUCUCGCCGAAGCACCGAAGAUCUAUCGGUUCUAUACCCAAAUUGCCCUAUGUUCCUCUUCUUCUUCCGUGGAUACCAAAACAUCCUCUCUUACCCCUGUUCCCUUCCUGGCUGCCCCCUCCCACUCCUGGCCCGUUACCCGUAAUCCCCCCUUUAGCUAAGGUCAGUACCCUCAGUUACCUUGAACGGCGUAACUCAGAAAUCCUGAACAAAUUGUAUGAACUGAGGAACAGAGGAUCCCUCACCAGUUCGGAAUACAUGAACUUUAAGAAACUAUUGUUUAAAUAGAGGUUAAAUGGAAUUAGGAAUUGUUGUAAACGUUGUUGUGAUAUAAAAUAAUGUUUUUAAUACGAAU